UCGAAGUUUAUUUUCUGCAGAAGAAGCUCGGGAAGAGUCUGAACGUCCAGCUUCAUCCUAAUUUUCACUUUCAGGAUCAUUUUUCUUUUUUUAUUUACUUAUUUUAAUAAAAGAAAGUUAAACAUCCAGGUAUGAGGAACAUUCUUUCUGCUGCAAACUGGUUUGGAUGAGUCUAAACGGGUCUAGGACCGGGGUCCAGUCUGCAACCGGAAAGUUGCGCUGCUCUCCCACCGGGUCGAGGACCUGCAGAUCUCCCAGCUCUGGAGUCAACAUGCCUCUGUUUCUGCUUUUCUUUUUGUCUCGCGUGGACUGCGGUCAUUCGGUGGUCUCAGGACGAGGGGAGCUGUACACGAACCACUGGGCGGUUCGGAUCACAGGUGGUCCAAAACAAGCCGACAUGAUCGCAGCAAAGUACGGAUACAAAAACCUGGGACAGGUAGGAAGUCUGGAGGAUCAUUACCAUUUUCACCACACCAGAGUGGUACGCAGAGCUGCAUACGCUAUGAAGGGCCCCCACAGCUUCAUCCAUUUGGAUCCCAAGGUGAACUGGGCCCAGCAGCAGGUGGUAAAACCAAGAAUAAAAAGGUAUGCCCAAAGUGACCCAAACUUCAUCUACUUAAAUGAUCCUAAAUGGUCCAACAUGUGGUACAUACACUGCAGUAACGAUAAGAGUCGCUGCCGCUCAGAGAUGAAUAUUCUGGCGGCCUGGCAGAGGGGAUACACUGGAAAAAACGUGGUGGUCACCAUUUUGGAUGACGGCAUUGAGAGGAACCACCCGGAUCUGAUCCAGAACUACGACCAUCUGGCAAGUUAUGAUGUGAAUGGAAAUGACCACGAUCCCACGCCACGUUACGACUCCCGCAGCGAAAACAUUCAUGGAACUCGGUGUGCAGGUGAAGUUGCAGCAGCGGCUAACAACUCCCACUGCAUCGUUGGGAUUGCCUACAAUGCUCACAUUGGAGGGAUUCGGAUGCUGGAUGGUGAUGUGACUGACAUCGUGGAGGCCAAAUCCCUGGGAAUUCGACCUGACUACAUCCACAUCUACAGUGCCAGUUGGGGGCCAAAAGAUGAUGGCAAGACAGUAGAUGGCCCGGGUACCCUAACCAAGCAGGCUUUUGAGCAAGGCAUCAGGAAGGGCCGCAGAGGCCUGGGGUCCAUUUUUGUCUGGGCGGCAGGUAAUGGAGGUCGGCAGGGUGACCAUUGCUCAUGUGAUGGAUAUACAAGCAGCAUCUAUACCAUCUCCAUCUCCAGUACCACAGAAAAUGGAAAUAAGCCCUGGUAUCUGGAGGUCUGUAGCUCCAUCUUGGCCACAACAUACAGCAGCGGAGACUUUCAUGAGAGGAAGAUAGUAACCACUGAUGUCUGGCAGCGCUGCACUGAUGGUCAUACGGGCACUUCUGUCUCUGCUCCCAUCGUGGCUGGAAUCAUAGCUCUCGCCCUGGAGGCAAAUCUUUUACUUACAUGGAGGGAUGUGCAGCAUCUACUGGUGAAGACAUCCAGACCAGUCCACCUGAAAGCUGAUGACUGGAAGACCAAUGCUGCUGGACACAGAGUCAGCCACCUGUAUGGUUUUGGCCUGGUGGAUGCAGAGGCUAUGGUGCUAGAGGCUACAAAAUGGAGGAGUGUUCCUCCUCAGCACACCUGCAGUCAGAUACCCGAGCGCCGGACCAGGCAUAUCCAUGCUGGUCAGAGCUUGAACAGCAGUAUUACCACCACUGGAUGUUCAGAUGAACCCGAGCAGCAUGUUGAUUACCUCGAGCAUGUGGUGGCCAAAGUGUUUAUUGUUCACCCACGACGAGGAGACCUGGACAUAAAGCUCAUCUCUCCAUCAGGAACGAGAUCCCAGUUACUGGCCAAGAGGCUGUUCGACAAUUCCAACGAGGGCUUCAGGAACUGGGAGUUCAUGACGGUUCAUUUUUGGGGUGAGAGGGCAGAGGGUACAUGGACACUGGAGAUCACCGACUCACCGUCCAAGCUGCGUAACCCUGAGGUGCUGGGGAGCCUAAAACAAUGGACUUUGAUUCUUUAUGGGACGUCUCAGAACCCCUACCAGCACAAUGGCGCUUAUCAUUCCCGAUCCAGGAUGCUGGAGAACCCUGUUUCAGAGGAGAUCCCAGAGGAGCCAGAGCUCCAAGAGGAGGGGGAGGAGGAGGAGUAUAAUGGACCAUGCCAUGGUGAGUGUAGAGACCAGGACUGUGAUGGACCGGAUGCUGAACACUGUCUCAACUGUAUUCACUUCAGCUUGGGCAGCUUAAAAAGUGGCAGAACCUGUGUGAGCCACUGUCCACGAGGACACUACGAGGACGUAGCGUCUCGCCGCUGCAGACGCUGCUAUAAAGGCUGUGAGAGCUGUGUCGGUCCGUCAGCCGGAGACUGUCUCUCCUGCAGAAGAGGCCUUUACCUCAACACAGUCAACGCCAGCUGCACUGACUCUUGUCCUCCUGCUUUCUUUGCAGAUGAAAAUCAGAGGCAGUGUGUGAGAUGCCAUGACAGCUGUGUGACAUGUCUGAGACAUGCAGACAGAUGCACCGCUUGCAGCAAUGGCUACAGCUUGGCAGGGAUGACUUGUGUUCCUGAAUGUACCAACGCAACAUUUUUUCAUCUGGAAGACAUGACUUGCAGCCCUUGUCAUUCCUCGUGUAAGACUUGUACAGGACCAGGUAAGGAGGAGUGUAUUCAGUGUGUAGAGGGCUACCUGCAGCAGGAAUGGAGAUGUGUGCAGGCUUGUGCUCCUGGAUACUACUCUGGAAAAGCAGCAGGACUCCCUCAUAAGAUCUGUCACAGGUGUGAGGAAAACUGUUUGAGCUGCAGUGGUCCUGGAACAACAUGCACCAAAUGCAAAGCAGGUUACAGCCUGAUCAGCAAGACGUGUAUAGUCAAUGCAUCGUGUAAUAACGCUGAUGAAGUCUUCUGUGAGAUGGUGAAGUCCAACCGUCUCUGCGAGAGGAAGUUUUACCGUCAAUUUUGCUGCCACACCUGUUUGAUGAACGGAUGAGAAGCCAGCACCACUUCCUGGAUGAGGCUAACUUAGUUACAGCUGUUCAUCAUAAAAGGACGUUUAACAUAUUACGGAUAUUUACUCAGAUUAUAGGGAAGCUCUCAUCUUUCUUCCAGGCAGGUUGUUAGAUGUGCUGGGAUAUUCUGUGCUGAACAUGCGCUGUACUGAACGAGAAUUAAAUAAGCACUUUGUUUAAAAUGUUUAAAAGAUCACUUUCAUUGAGAUGUAGACUGAAAUGGAAAGUUUAAAGUUUUGCACUUCUUGAUUAAUCUUUUGUUUUAAAGUAUUUUAAGCUGAGUUGAAAUAAUAAAUUGAUCUGUAAAAUAAA